GCCGCGGGAUGGAGGCGCUGCCGGAAUGGCCGUUUGAGGACUCGCUGUUCGCCCCGAGCCGGGAGCGGGGCCCGGGCGGCGGGGCCGAGCAGCCCUGCGCCGCGAAGCACUGCGAGCCCCGCUGGUUCCUCGGCGAGGCGGGCGGCGGGGAAGGCGCCGGCGGGCUGACGGCCAGCAAGUUCCGGGCGGACUGGGCCUACCGACAGCAGGAGUUUGAGAAAGCCCUGUGUGAAUACUCCAACUGCUUGCUGCUCUUACCUCCCAGCAACAUAGCGAUGAGACGAGAUGUCCAGGAAGGCCAGGCUCGGUGUUUAUCUCGCUUAGGAAGGCACAAGGAGGCUCUGGAUAUUGCAGAAGAAAUGAGACACGGCGCUACUAACACAGAUCACUUAACGUCAGUUCUCAGCUUGCAGUUUGCCAUUUACCAGGGUCUGGACGAUGUAGAAAAAAAGAUCACGUGUCUGCAGCAACUGAUCAGCUUGCAUCCUUUCAACCCUUGGUACUGGAAGUCACUUGCUGAAGCUUAUAUGAGCCUUUUACAGAGUUUGUCUCCAUUAGUCGUUCCAGAAACAAAUGUAAAGCAGUCUGAAAAAGUUAGUGUAUGUAACAGCUGUUUCAAAACAUCACCUGGAAGAGAGAUUGAUUUGCAGCCUCACAGAUCAGAUGGCCAGAAAGAAGGCCCUUGGUCCAGCAUUGCUGCAGAAACAAAGAGAGAGAAUGCAGUGACUUGUAGCAGCAGCCAAGCUGUAAAAGAAUUCCUCUGCACUUUGGAAGAACCAGAAAGGACGGACAAAGGGAAACGCGCAGCCUCCAAGUCCUGGGAGCAGAAUGUGUUGGAGAAAGUUGCCAUAAAGGCAUGUGCCUCAUUUAUUAGAGCAAGGCUUUUACUUCAACUUACUCAGUUGCAACAGUCAUCCUUUGCGCUAGAGAAUAACAUAAAAGGUCAAAGAGAACUUGAUGACAAAGUGGCACAACUUGGUUUCAAUGAAAGCUCCUUGCUGCUGAUGACCCAGGUUAUGGAGCAGGAUCUCGUGCCAGACAAGCUGAAAGAGGAAUUUCAGGGAGAGGUGAAAUGCAUUGGCCCAGCUGCGCUGGCGUCAUUGGUAACCGCGUCAGCCACGGGAUUCGAAACCAAAUGGUUUGGUAAUCUCCAAGAUGUGUCUCAUGAACAGACAGUUCUGUUCAGAUAUAUAUCUCUCACCUACAGUAACUUAAAUGUUUAGUUGUAUUUAUUCUUGUGUCUCCCAAUGAUUAUAGAAUGAUGUAAGCAAUAAAGUUCAUCUUACAUUUUUA